AUGCGGCUCCGCCCGGGGCCGGCGGCUAGGUGCUGGCUGCUGCUACUGACGGCAGAAGACGGAGGCUGGUCGGCGUGGAGCGCUAAUUACACCAGCUGCAGCUGUGGUGUGGGGUACUGGACACGGUCUCGCACCUGCGACAACCCUCUGCCCAGGAACAACGGUACGCUGUGUGAGGGGCCUCUGUGGGACAUACAACCAUGCUGCAGGGGUGUGUUUGACUGUGACUUUCAGACGGACAUGUGUGGAUGGACUCAGGACUCUAAAGAUGACUUUGACUGGACAAGGCAUGAGGGAUCUUCAGUCGCCCUGACUAAUAGUAUAUAUAGAGCGGAUAUCAACAUCGCUCUAAGGAAGCCGGCGAGCCAGAAUUCCGUUAAAUACGGCGGUGUUGCUGGACGUGCCGUGGACGGGAACACCAAUACUAAUUACUCUGUUCACUCCUGUACACUCACUCUGUUCACAUACAACGCCAGCUGGCGGGUGGAUCUGGGGAAAUCGUUCACUAUCAACAGGGUGGUCAUCUUCAACCGUCAGGACUGUUGUUCGGGACGACUCAACCCCUUCAACAUCCACAUCGGGGAUUCCGAGCAGGUCGUCACGAACCCCAAGUGUGGCGGUGAUCACCGAAUCGACGUGACCCUGCCGUCCAUUACUGUCCUGUGCCAGGGGAUGACGGGACGGUACGUCGGGGUUCGUCUUCCCGGAUACGGAUACGGCCGGACCCAGAGCCUAUGCGAGGUCCAAGUCUUUUCAAAUUCAGAGGGAACCGGCCGGUACAUGUACAUCGACACCGCCGCACAAGUUGCCGGUGACAGGGCCCGGCUGUACAGUCCUACGGUCACCACCGCCUGUACACAGUACCUGCGCUUCUGGUACCACAUGUACGGCACAAUGAACACGCUGAACGUGUAUGUACGGACGGACACGUCUCCUCCAACCGAUCCUGUCUUUACCGGGACAGGCGGGUAUGGGAACCAGUGGCUUGAAGCUGAAGUAGAGAUCGGCAUCACUGGCAGUUACCAUGUGGUGAUGGAGGCAAUCAGGGGGGCAGGCGUUGAGGGAGACAUUGCUCUGGAUAACAUCACUAUGGCAACGGGCCAUUGUACCACAGGUAUUUUUGGUUUAUUUUUGAUAAUAUCAGAAAGUGCGCCCUUGGAAUAUGUGGCUUAA